AACAGUGUAUUUACCAACUCCCUGACCUCACCAAACAUUGUUGUUGCUGGUGGCGGACUACACGAGGGAUAUUCUUUCCCUUAAACUUCAAAACACUCGCCCCCGAGAAAGAGAGAGAGAGAGAGAGAGAGACGACUCACUUUCCACUUCAAACAACAUUCAGAUUUUCCUUUCUCUUCCAUUUUCCGUUUCAAAUCUCCAAAAUGCAGUCCACAGCCUUCACUCUCUCCCCUACCCUCCCUCUCCACACCAACCCCAACCGUUUCAGACGAUCCCUUAACCUCCGUCUCUCCGCCGCCAAAUCUAACAACAACGACGGCGGCGUAAAUCACAAUGGCCUCUCUUCCUCUUCUUCUUCUUCUUCAUUCACUCGUCAAUCAUGGUCCAUGUCUCCUUCCUCCUCCUCUUUCAAAUUCAGACCUCUUCCUCUCGUUCCUACUUCCGAUCUUUCUCCUCCUCAAGCCACUUCCGUCCCCGAAAGCGCCGGUGACUCCUCCGCCGAGUCUAGUUCGUUGCUCAAAACUCUUCAGCUUGGAUCCUUGUUCGGUUUAUGGUACCUCUUUAACAUCUACUUCAAUAUUUACAACAAACAGGUUUUGAAGGCGUGUCAUUUCCCUGUAACCGUGACUGUAGUUCAAUUUGCUGUUGGAACUGUUCUUGUAACCUUUAUGUGGGCUCUAAAUCUCUACAAAAGACCUAAAAUCACUGGUGCCAUGCUUGCAGCAAUAUUUCCACUCGCUAUCGUGCAUACUUUGGGGAAUCUUUUCACCAAUAUGAGUCUUGGAAAGGUGGCUGUGUCAUUUACUCACACAAUUAAAGCUAUGGAGCCUUUCUUUUCUGUCAUCCUUUCUGCCAUGUUCCUUGGAGAGAGGCCUACACCCUGGGUGAUUGGUUCACUCGUGCCUAUUGUUGGUGGAGUUGCACUGGCGUCUAUUACUGAAGCCUCUUUCAAUUGGGCUGGAUUUGCAAGUGCAAUGGCUUCCAAUGUGACAAAUCAAUCACGUAAUGUUCUUAGCAAAAAGGUCAUGGUUAAGCAAGAGGAAUCAUUGGACAACAUAACUCUCUUCUCUAUAAUUACAAUAAUGUCCUUCUUCUUGUUAGCUCCCGCGGCUAUCUUUAUGGAGGGUGUUAAAUUUACCCCUGCUUACCUGCAAUCUGCUGGGUUGGAUGUUAGACAAGUGUACACCAGAUCUCUUCUUGCUGCACUCUGUUUCCAUGCGUAUCAGCAAGUUUCUUACAUGAUAUUGCAGAGGGUAUCCCCUGUUACCCAUUCUGUCGGCAAUUGUGUGAAGCGUGUUGUGGUCAUUGUGAGCUCUGUUAUCAUCUUCAAAACACCUGUCUCUCCUGUGAAUGCUUUUGGUACCGCUAUAGCUCUUGCUGGUGUUUUCUUCUAUUCAAGGGUGAAGCGAAUUAAGUCAAAGCCAAAGACAGCUUAAUUUUAAAAUGAUUUACAUACAUGGGCACUAAAUUACAUACUGAAAGAAUGUUUCACUAUUCAGUACUACAAUUAGACUCAAACUGACGAAAAGGAGAUUGCAAUAUUAGACGAAAAAUUCAUGUGUUAAUUUUGAUAUAUAGAGACUGUAAUUGUUAUUUUGAAGCCAUUUUAUGGAUUGAGGAUGUGAUUUGUUUUUAUUUUAUUUUUGAACGGCCAUG